AUGGAUGGUCAAAACUACACCACAGUGACCCAUUUUGUGUUCUUGGGGUUGACUAGUAACCGGGGACUGGAGCUGACUUUAUUUGUGAUCUUCUCUAUCGUCUACCUGCUUAUCCUAGCAGGGAAUGUCCUCAUCAUUGUGACUGUGGCUUCUGACCGGUGUCUGCACACCCCCAUGUACUUCUUCUUGGGCAACCUUUCUUUCAUUGACAUCUGCCAUUCCUCAGUCACCGCCCCGAAGAUGAUCCUCGAUUUCCUGUUUGUCCAGAAGACGAUCUCCUUUGGUGGCUGUGUGGCACAGCUCUUCUUCCUCCACCUCUCUGCCUGUGCUGAGAUCUUCCUCCUCACCAUCAUGGCCUAUGACCGCUACAUCGCCAUCUGCCACCCACUGCAAUACAUGUCCCUCAUGAGCCUGAAGAUCUGUGCCUGGUUGGUGGGCGCCCUGUGGGUGGGAGCGAUGAUCCAUUCGCUGGUGCAGACUGUCCUCACCAUCCGCCUCCCCUAUUGUGGCCCUAAUGUCAUAGACAGCUUUUUCUGUGAUGUCCCCCCGGUCAUCAAGUUGGCCUGCACCGACACUUACUUUACCGGGGUACUUAUUGUGUCCAACAGUGGCAUGAUCUCUUUGGUUUGUUUUUUGGCCCUACUGGCUUCCUAUGUCGUCAUCCUGAUCUCGCUAAGAGGGAGGACAGCCGAGGGUCGGCGCAAGGCUCUUUCUACCUGUGCAUCACACCUCCUUGUUGUGGCACUGUUCCUGGGGCCUUGUAUUGUUCUGUACACCCGCCCUGCGACCAGCUUCUCGGCAGAAAAAGUGGUGGCUGUCUUCUACACUGUGGUGACCCCCAUGCUCAAUCCAGUGAUCUAUACCCUGAGGAAUGAAGAGGUGAAGAAUGCGAUGAAGAAACUGAGGGACCGGAAGGUCUUCUCUGUGAGGAAAUGA